CGUGUUUCCGCCUGAGCAGAGCAAGCCGCCCAUGACUCGCGGCAAAGCGUUCUGUCGGCACCGAUCGCGUUUCACGGACCACCUUUGGCCGUACAUAGGCCCCUCAUCGCCGUCGUCGUCCAAUCACUUCCAGGUCUUGCAAGGCGCGAAGAUCGACGGGGGUUCAGGGGUUGAUGCCGAGCUGGGACCCGAUCAAAUCCUGAUUGAUGCUGGAGUGUGGGACGAGUUAUCCGACUCGGAGCCGUUGAGAGCUGUCACUGUCCGCCGCCACUUUCAUGCUGUCUGCGCGCUGCACCAGCAGAUAUGGUCGGGUCGGAGUCGUCUCAUCGCUGUAGAUGAAGACAGCAGUCAUAGGGGAAAGAUUGGCACACUGCGGCCGGCAUCCAAUAGCUCCACUUGGAACGGUGGGGAUGAACUUGUCGGCAGCACAGUAGCCCUCCUGUCUGCAGGCUGAGCUCGGUGUCUAAGACGCGUGUAUCAAUUGGAUUAAAACUUGUCUGGCGAGGUCGCCGUAUCUGGUGCUCUCACGCCUUUUUGCCUACACGCGAUGUCGAACGACAACCCAACCACCCUGGUUGCCCCGAGCUUCGAGGCGCAUCGCUACUAAAUCUCCGAGCGGGCCGGGUGAUGCAAACUU